AAGAAAAAAACUCGUAAUUUUAUCAGAUUUCACACUCACAAUGGGUCGCCGCAGUGGAGGAGGAGGAGGUAGAUCAUCCAGUAGAUCAUAUUCAAGUGGAUGGCCUAAGUUUCGCUCUACGCCAUCUCACCGUAAGAAGCCGUCUCCUAAGCCUGUGAAAGAUGAAAAAGAUGAAAAAGCACAUCCUCCUUCUAGAGUUGAGACAACUCAUGGUGAAACUAGGUCUGGAAGAUUUUUUUCGUCCAUAGUUGAUGGUUUUGGUUGGGGGAGUGGAAAUGCGAUGGGACACAGAUUCGUUGAAUCCAUUUUUGGUCCUAGAACCAUUAAAACAGAGAUUGUUUUACCAGAGAAAGUCGAAGUUGCUGCUGUUUCUGCCAAGGAUAAUAACGAUAAAUUCAAGGAUUAUACUGAAUCAUGCAGUAUCAGCUAUAAUGCGUUUCAAGACUGCUUGAAUGUGGAAGGGAAUAAUCUAAGCAAAUGUCACAUCUUCAUGGAUUCGCUGUUCGAGUGCAGGAAGAAUUCCAGUUCCUUCAACUUCUAAGUUCUUAGAUCUUUUUAGUUGUUUCUUUAUAAGUUUUUUUUCCCAAUAAAACAACAACAAA